GCGCUUUCCGCCGCCGUUUGUCUCCCGUCUCUUCCCGUUCGCUGGAGCCGCAGCUGCUGCUGCUGCUGCGCAACCCCUUCCCCGCCCGCCCUGGCGGCGUCGCCUCGUCCUCUCAGGCUGGCACAGCGCGGCCCGAUAGACAUACAAAGCUGAAGAAUCACAAGUUGAAAUGAGUAACGAAGAGUCUGACGUUCUACGUUGCUGGAGAUGUAGAAAAUGUAUAGCAAAUUCUGUUUGUCUUGCAAAAUGUCAUGGAAGAGAACCAUCUGAACAGACAUCACAACCCUCAGCUGCUGCUCAGGAAUCUUGCAAUGUAUGGCAUUUGAACUUAGAAGCUAUUCCAGAGUGGGUGAAAUGUGUCAUUGAAAAGGCACAGUGGACAAUUGGAAAACUGCACUGUCCAUUCUGUGAGGCCUGCUUAGGGGGCUUUAACUUUGUUUGCAAAACUAAGUGUUCUUGUGGACAGUUAGUAAAUAUACAUUUCUGCAAAAGUCGGACGGACUAUCAGCCAGCCUUCUCUCUUAAAUCCGCAAAAUCAUCAGGACAACACUUACCUCUCCUUAAAAUUAAAUCUAGUCCUAGCAAGGAUAUUUGUCACGAAGUGAAAACUGCAUCUUUGGAAAUCAAAAAUCAAGGGCUUUCAUACAUGGCCAGAAAUAAUAACGGAACUGGAAGAUUAACAGAAGCACUUUGCCUAGAAGUAAGAGCUCCCAGAUUUGAGAUUAAAUGUAAAAAACUUCCCUUAAAGGGAAGAAAGAGGAAUCUUUCUGCUUCCUAUCCUAUGAAUGACGCAUGCACUGUAAAACCUUUUCACAGAAGAUCACGUAGUUUGGAUUUAAAUAUCAGAGGCAGACUUGUUUUGUCACCUGAGUUAUAUGAAACUUGCAGUAUGGGAACAAUUUACAAUGGCCAAAAUGAAAAUCCGUUUGUUUACACACAGAGUGGCCUGCAAUUAGAGUCCAAUAGGAAAGGUGGCAGUUCUUCUCAGGAUCUAUAUAGUUUCAGUGCUGACAGACAGCUACAAAAAAAGUUUCAAGUUACUUCCUUUGCUACAUUACUGCAUAGAGAAACAGAAAUUAAAUGUGAUUUUGAAGCUACCGAACAAUCUUCUGGGAGUGCUAUUGCUGAUGCGUCACCUUUUGUGAUGAACCUUUCUUCAUCUACAAGUCCUGUAGAAGAGGAACAAUACAUCACACCUGUUGGUCUUCUGCAGCCUACGAGUAUUUCCUUCAACCAAAAGCUGAAUAAGAGAGAAAGAAACAAGUUGAAAAGCUUGAGGAGAAAACAGAGGCGGCGAGAACGGUGGCUACAGAAGCAAUCUGCAAAUGAUAACCUGCAUACAGACGAUGAGCACGAACUCAGAGGAGAUAAAGAAAGCUAUCUCUGUGCAGUGUGCCUGGAUGUUUAUUUCAAUCCUUACAUGUGCUAUCCAUGCCACCACAUCUUUUGUGAACCUUGCUUAAGGAUGCUUGCCAAAGACAAUCCAGCCAGCACUCCGUGUCCACUGUGUCGCACUACAAUUGCCAGAGUCUUUUUCCAAACAGAACUGAACAACUCUACCAAAUCUUUUUUCCCUACGGAAUAUUUGAAGUUAAAAGAAAAUUUUCAAAAAUCAAAUUCUGCAAAAUGGCCUCUACCAAGCUGCAAGAAAGCCUUCAGAGUUUUCGAAGCAGGUUUUCAAAGACGCUCAGAUACUGUAACAAGGAGGCAUUUCCCACAUGCUGCUCACAGGAUGGACUACAUGGACUUUGAGGACGACAGCCGUGGAUGGCGGUUUGAUAUGGACAUGGUGAUAAUCUACAUUUAUUCAGUCAACUGGGUAAUAGGAUUUAUUGUGUUCUGUUUUCUUUGUUACUUCUUUUUCCCUUUUUAGUGUGUAGUAGUCAUGGCUAAGGAAAACAGUAGUCCUAUGAGCCACAAUAAUGUGAAUAGAAAAAACUUGAAGAAGAUAAAAUAUCUGUUUGGUAUUGCAUUUUUAUGAUUCAGAAUUGUAAUAGACAAUGAAUUGUCAUCAAGCUGUGAGGCUAUUUGAUACUUCUGAUAUGUGUGAUAAAGUACUCAAGUUUGGUUCCAAAAAAGUGAAAUCCAGAUCAUAUUUCAUUCAGUGGGGGUUUUGCCUUGAUUUUGCUGGGAGCAGGAUUUACCCCCAAUGUAUAAAAUAACUACUGUGUAGAAAUAGAAUACUACUUGUUCUUAGGGGAUUUCUGUGUACUACAACGGAAUAUGAUCCAUGGAGUCAUUCUGGGGUUUGACUCUAUGUUGACACAGUUUGCUCACUCAUUGGUGCUUCAGUUCCUCAUACAUAAAAGCAAUAAAGAUGCUUCCCAUUUAUAGUCAGAUGUUUUGGGAACAGAUCAUAAGCAGUGCAGUGCUGCAUUAUAUAGAUAUUCAUUAGAGCUAUUUGAAUAUUAUAAUCCAAAUCCUGGAAAAUGUUGACUAUUGGUAGACCUGUCAGCAUUCAGCUGUGGAGAUGUGCUAUACUCAGUGCCUGAAAUUUUGAGCCUAUUAACCAAAAAAGAGAAAUGAUACUGCACAGUGUGCUGACAGUUCAUCUUUUCAGCAAACGGCAAUCAGAAGGAAUCAACUAACAACCCUAAGAUCUGCACAUUAAAGGGGCCAUUUUUGUGCAGAUUCCCGGAGUAGCACUGUACCUUUUUUUACUCAUCCAGAUGAGCAUGUUUGGAUCCAGCAAGACAGCUAAUGAAGGGCAAGCAGCAGGCCUGCUGGCUACAAUGCUGUGAGACGCUAACCCCAGUAAAUAUUGGAGGAAGGAGCAUUCUCCAGUGUAAAAAAUCAGUAUCAUUAUUAAAUUUUUGUAACAAUUUUAGGAUGCUCUCAAGUGUGGGCUCACCAGGACUAUGUGUCUCCAGGGAGACCACAUAAGAGGACCCGGUAUUUAUUUGCACCUUUCAUGUGAAACAAUUCUAAAGCACUUUAUAGUUAUUCUAUAUAUAGAUUGCUGAGCUACAGUUCCAAACUGCAGCCAGUUCAGCAAUCUGUCCAUACGUGCUGCUUUACACAGUGUUUUCAAAUGAAAGUGAAAGAGCACCUAUUAAACCAUUAAAAGGGUAUCACAAACUGUUGCAGGAGUCAGGUGCUGAAGAAUGGUACUAGAUAGUUCAGGGGCUUACUUUUCAGGAAGGUACAAUGAAGUUCUUAUUUCUAAGGGCAUCACUCUGCAAAGUACACUGUGGUUUCAUCUAGAAAAGCAUGUGAGUGUAUGUAUGUAGUCCCUCUGGUAUCAGGAUUUGUGUGGGAGACCUGUGGUUUUUCAGUAGGUGGUGUACUCCCCUGUUCUAGCAGAGAACAAGGAGAAAUGUGUUGUGGAAGGUGCCAUCUGCCAAAUGUGAUAGAAUAGAAUGAAUCCAGGGGGUUUAUUAAGCAUGUUCUUCUGCUUCUUUACUGGAGCAGGGCCAACAUGGUCAGUCUCUUAUAGGCUAUAAAGUGACCAAGACCAGAAACUUUCACUUAGUCUGAAAAACAGGAGUAAAUCAGCUACUAAUAUUUAGUUUUCUUGCAGGCUGCAUAAAAUAAUCUCUUUGUGAAUAUAUGUGUAAAGUAAAAAUUAGAAGUCUAACUACACUGAUUGGACUUAAUAACUUUUGCCAUCUUUUUUAAUAUAUGCAAAUUUAAGGGGAUAUAAUAAUUGAAAUUCACCAUCACCACGUGGUCAUGGUUGUGACAGAAAUGCAUUUUCUGUAAUUAGAGUAUAUCUAGUUACGUUGUCUGUACCAAAAGGUGAUUUGCUCUAUUACUAGUGGCAUUAGGCAUAAUGUUUUAAAAGCUUUAAGGCUGUAGUAAAGCACUUGCUGAAUUUCCCUCUUUCUGUUGAUAGAAAGAAGUCUUUUAAAAGCUGGGUCAUAGGCUCAUGUUUUGCUACAUGCAGAUGUGUAGAUUUGUAUGCUCAAAUAUAAUCAAUAAUUUAAAACAUUUUUCUCAUCUGUGCAAGGACUGGAUUCUAACUGCAAUUUUUGCUUGUCUCUCUGAUCUUAUGAAUUUACUGCUCCUGUCAGCAGAGAGGGACUGAUUCACCUGUUAAGCCAAAAUUGCUUCUUCCAGAAAAUACUAAAAUAAAAAGAUGUCAUGAAAAAUUAAUUUAAAUUAGCUGACAUAGUCUGAAAUUCCAGUGAUAAUGUCAUUUAAAAUUAUUUAACUAGGAUAUCUGCUAAAGCAAUAUCCUUAAGUAAAUAUUCAAAAAUAUAUCAAGACAUAAGAAACAUAAUAUAGGUACUAACUAAUUAUAUAAGAAAGAGUUACUUACAUAAUUUUUGAUAGCAUGUUACCAUGGUUUUAUUCUGAAAAAGGCAACAAAGGAGAGUAAAAUAUCCAAUGUAAUAUUGGCCUCUUUUAUACAUUUACAGCAAGAACUGAUGACUGAGGGUGACUAUGCUUUCCUAAAUUUAGUAGGAGUGACAAUCUUGUAUGAUAUUUCUGACUGUGUAACUCAACCUUUCUUUGAGGCCUAAACAAUUAAGUGUUUCUUGUUUUAUUUCAUAUUGAUUGUUAUUAAUUCAAGGGGAUAAUUAGUUUUUAAAAGAUUACAAAUGUACAUAAUGGAGACUGAUGUAACUCUGAGAGACAUCCUCCACAGGAAAACACCUAAAUGGCGUAGAGUGGAGGCACAUUUUGUCCUUUAUUGCUUUUUUGAGAUAAAUACUUUUGUAAAAAACAAUAACAAUUCAAAGGUUCAAAUUUGGUUUUCCUUGAAGUCUGCCUGUAAAAUGCUGUUGCUAUCUGUGGGAGCAAGAGCAAGUCCUUUGUAAGCAAUUUUCUGAUUAAAUUGAUCCUGUUCUGCAAGCUUGUCUUUCUUAUCUGGAAUAGUAUUAAUUUUUUGCAAUAAAAUAUGAGUUGUUUGUAA